AUGAACGAGAAUCCUUCUAAACUACUCGAUCAAGCGACAAUUCUUCUUCAGACAGGACAGCCCGAUGGCGCUCUCGCAUUAGCCCAGCAUGCACUCGACAAUGCGCCUGCCAAUUCGCCAAGUCACCUCUCCGCGUUGAAUUUGGUCGCAGAGAUCUACGUUGAACUGGGGGAUAUCGAUGUGGCUAGGGAACAUUUUUUGCGUGCAGUUGAGCUGGAUCCGACUGGUGCGAUACCAGAAUCCCAGGGAGGAGGUGCUGAAAAGUUCUUAUGGCUGGCUCAGCUAAGUGAGCUAGGAGGGAGGGAUAGCGUGCAAUGGUUUGAAAAGGGCGUCUCAGUCCUCCGGCAUGUUAUCCAACAGCUCGAAGGUGACUCCAGUCCUCAAGAAGCCAUUGAAUUAGAGGGGAAGAAACGCAAGAUGGCCAACGCUUUGUGCGGCGUUGCUGAGAUUUACAUGACUGACCUUUCUUGGGAGGAAGAUGCGGAACGCCGUUGUGAAUCUUUGAUCACGGAGGCUCUUCAUGUUAAUCCUGAUGCGCCUGAAGUGUUACAAACCCUUGCUUCUAUCAGAAUUUCACAGCUACGAAUAGACGAUGCUCGCGCAGCACUUACAAAGAGUCUUUCGCUAUGGAAGGACUUACCACCAGAUAGCCUUACUAUUCCAGACUUUGCGACGAGAAUCAGCUUGACUCGACUGUUGAUGGAAGUCUCCAUGGAGCUGGAGGCACUUGAUGUUCUGGAGCGCCUGAUUCUGGAAGAUGAUCAGAGUGUAGAAGCCUGGUACCUAGGAGGGUGGUGUCUCCAACUUCUCGCAGACAAACAGCAAGCACCCAAAGAUGCCGAGGUGGACGACUCGGCGGAAUCGAAACGACAUGCCUCGCUAGUUGCUAGUCGUGAAUGGCUGAAACAAAGCCUCGCCCUCUACGAUCUCAUCCAAUAUGAAGACGAGAGAUUGAAAGAACAUGCCACGGAGCUGGUCCAAGAGAUGAACAAAGAACUAGGCGAGGAGAUGGAUGAGGAGGAUGGCGAAGAGGGAGGAGAGGGAGAAGGAGACUGGGAGGACGAGGAGAUCGAGGUCGAGUCUGACGGGGACCAUGAGAUGGCCGACACCUAA